AAUAACUGUCAAAUUGUUAUUUUUACUUCGCGGUGGAAAUAUUGUCGUUUGUUGUGAAUUGUGAUAUAAAUCAAUUUUAGUGGCGACAUGGCAGGUUUUACUGAAAAUGCGUUGGUUCGUAAACUUCAAGAACUGAAUUCAAGUCAACAAAGUAUUCAAACGUUGUCUUUAUGGUUAAUUCACCAUCGCAAACACCACGCUGCCGUAGUUAAAACUUGGUUUAAGGAAUUGUUAAAAGCGAAAGAUAGUAAACAACUCACUUUUAUGUAUCUUGCCAAUGAUGUGAUACAAAACAGUAAAAAGAAAGGUCCAGAAUAUGGUAAAGAAUUUGGCGAGGUUCUCGUGCCAACUUUUCAACACAUGGCCAAGACUGGUAUCAAUGCAAAAACCAAGCAAUCACUGCACAGAAUACUGUCCAUUUGGCAAGAGAGAGGCGUAUACGAUGCUGACAAGAUACAAGAAUUUAAAGAAGCAAUGGAUCCAAACGAUGCAAUACCUAAUCAAGGAACUAAACGUAAAACAUCAGAGGUAAAGGAGGAGGUAAAAGAGACUGAGAAGAAGCCAAAGUUAGAGAAUAAAGAGAACAGAGAGCGACGUAGAAGUGAAACUAAAGUAGAAAUUGAUGGUCACAUAGAGACACAUGUUACACUCAGUCCAAAAACUCCUCCCGGUGACCCUCCGGAACCUGAAGAAUUAAUUAAGGCAUUAUUAGAAUUGGAAUCGAGUGCAUCAAGUGAUGAGGCAGUUAGAGAAAGAAUCGCCUCCCUUCCUCCGGAAGUAUCUGAAGUACAAUUAUUAUCUAAGUUAGCAGAUAAGGAAGCAGCACUCAGUCUGAGUACCGUAGUCAACUCAGCGGUGGAACUGCUGGCUGAAUACAACCUGAGGCUGACUGAGGAGUUGGAGAAGAGAAGACGGGUGGCGGGCAUGCUGCGGGACUUCGCGCAGGCGCAGAGAGACCUCGCCAAACAGGCGGAGGCCCGGCUAGAGGAAUAUAAUAUUAAACUGCAGAAAAUAUAUGCAGUGAAGGCUGAAGUGAAAUCGCACAUAGAUAAUUUGCCGGAUGUAUCCAGAUUGCCUGAUGUUACCGGAGGUCUAGCCCCUUUGCCUUCUGCGGGCGAUCUGUUCAGUAUUUGAAAUCCUGUAUACAAAGUCUUUAAUAUAAUAUGUAUAUUUAAUACAAUAUUGUAUACAAGUUAUAGCUUGGAUAAUACAAUGUGUGGAAUUUUUGUUUUUCUUUCAAUGUUAUACACACAUUAAUAAUUCUUUAAUUUUCUUUUUAAUGUAAACUAGAUUAAUUACAUCGUUACUUUAAUGUACAACUACAUUUUUUAUAUUUUCAUAAUUAUUUGCUUUUAUAGUUUAAGGUGGCAUAUGAGCAUGCAGGCACCUAAAUUCACCAAAUAGGCAGCGGUCACUUAAGUGAAGUGAAGUGACGUGAUAGACAUUUGCCGAUAUGUUGCCUUCCUUUAAUCAGCAGAGAAAGGUACACAGAAAGAGGAUCCAGUUCCCCUUCCUAUUCUCUCCUUGCUAUAAAAGAGUGGAAAGGGAAAGAGGAGUACAAUGAGGCCUCCAGCACGCAAACACAUCAAACAAAACGUGAAUUGAUUCCAUUUCACGCUUGUCUUUAUUGCUUUCAAUAGAAAUAAUUAAUAACUAACUGAUUUAACAUCAAAAUUUAGUUAACCAAAGUAAAGUUUAUAUUUUUUCCAUUAUGUCAUAAAAAGUAAGGUUAGUUUUACAUUAAAGAAGCGAAUUAAAAAUAUGUGCCUCGUAAAGUAAGAAGUAGUUUGAAGAAGUUAAAACGCUGAAAUGAAAUGUGUACAUUAAACGUAAGGAAAAGUUACAUCAUAGUAAUGUGUUCAUUGAUGACGUCACAAUUUAAAAUAAUAUAAAUUUAAUUGAAUUAGAAUCAUUAUCCAAUUUACGCUUUAAAUUUACAAUAAAAGACAUGUAAAAUUUUGCUGUAUUAAGAAA